UUUGUUGCAUGGGGGUGUCCAGCCGGGGCUGAGGGAAGGCAGGGAGGGGGUCGGUGCCUCCCGCUGCCCCAUGGCCCUCGCUGAGGGGGCGGCCGUGCCCUACGCCGUGGAGCUGGGGCUCACCGUGCUCCACACGGCGCUGUACGCCGCGCUCUUCCUCUUCGCCUACCUGCAGCUCUGGCUGCUGCUCUACUACCGCGAGCGGCGGCUGAGUUACCACACGCUCUGCCUCUUCCUCUGCCUGCUCUGGGCAGCCCUCAGGACCACCCUGUUCUCGUUCUACCUGCAGAAUUCCCUGCAGGCCCUCCGCCUCCAGCAGCCCUUCGCCCACUGGCUCCUGUACUGCCUGCCCGGCUGCCUCCUCUUCUCCAGCCUCUGCCUCCUCAACCUCUAUUUCGCCGAGGUCAUAUUCAAAGUGAAAUGUGCAGCUGAAUUCAACAAGUACAAGGUCCUGUUGUACCUGGGCUCCAUCCUCACCAGCCUGCUGUUCUUAGUUGUGAAUUUAACCUGUGCAAUGCUGAUCCACGGCGAGGUCCCGGAGAAGCAGCUGAGGUGGACGGUCCUUGCCCGUGCCCUGGUCAACGACAGCCUCUUCAUCCUCUGUGCCAUCUCCCUGGCCUGCUGCAUGUGCAAACUGGGAAAGAUGUCUUCAGCCAAUGUCUACCUCGAGUCCAAGGGAACAUCUGUCUGCCAGGCCAUUCUGGUGGGAUCUGUAGUGGCCCUCCUGUAUUCCUCAAGGGCUUGCUAUAACCUGGUAGCUGUGGCCAUAUCUCCAGACAAUGUUCCUGGUCCUUUUAACUAUGGCUGGGACAACCUUUCUGACAAGGUGCACGUGGAGGUGAGCAGUGAGGAGUACGUGGUGUUUGGAGUGGUCCUGUUCCUCUGGGAGCUGGUGCCAACCACUUUUGUGGUGCUGUUCUUCCGUGCUCAGAGACUCAGCCAGAACCUGGCUCCAGCAGGGAUGGUCAACAGCCACAGUUACAGCUCCAGGGCCUAUUUCUUCGACAAUCCCAGGCGCUACGACAGUGACGAUGACUUGUCACGGCUCGGGGCCAGGGAAGGAGGCUUGGCCACCCCUCAGUGCUCGGGCUGCUACGGUUCCCUGGCUGGGACGGACGGUGGGAGCACCGCGGACAGCGCGCCCUUGCUCUGCGCCGCCGGCGGCUCGGAGACCAACCAGCACCACCAGAGCUCCCACCCUGCCCCGCAGAACUGAGGAGGCUCCCUCUGUUCCCAGAGUGGCACUCGUGUAUAGGAUUGUAACCUGGUUUUCCUCUCUUCCUCCUCUCCCCCGAAGCAUCCAACUCAUGACACAAACAUUCCACUACCUGCCGCAGCUGCAGGACUGAGCCCAGGGCUGCAGGCGGUUCAGUCAGAGAACUGUGACUUUAAGGUACCAUGUAGCAAAGUGAAGCUGAACUCUCUGGAAGCUUUUUUUUUUUUCCCUUGGUCUGGUCUUCAAGAUGUUGGCAGCUAAAUGCACCAGAGCUUCCUCACUAGAAAAGAAACAUCAAAUGCGUAUUUGCACUUUUAUCUGCACACUUGGAAGGAACGAAUCUCGCUCGGGCUGUGCUGGGCCCGAGACUGUUCUAGUUACUCUUUAAAUUGCACAUCCAGAGCUGGGAGAGGCACUGUCUUCCUGCAAAGACGUGUUCCCUGAAGGACUCUGCAUCCUGCCUGCCUCCCUGGGAGCGKGGAGCUCUGCCCGGGCGGGGUGCUCGAGUUUACUGUGCCAUAUUCCCACCUGGCAGGGCUGGCUGAGGCCUCGGGGUUUUGCUCUGCCUGCUGCUGCCCCGUCCUUCCUGGGCCCGUGGCUCGGAGCUGAGCGAGGUCAGUGUCCCUGCUGGCCUUGUCACCACCCCGCUGGCCCGUGGCAGAGGGACAGGGCUGGCUUUUCCCUGCAGGGAGAAGUUGGAGCUGGCUCAGCAGGAGUGUGUGUGCAGGAAUGUGUGUGAAUCCAGGGCUGCUGCACCCACUGGGUGCUGCCAGCUCUGCUCCCUGCUCCUUGCCCGCAGUGGGGCUCCCCCCGUCCCCCUCAGUAUUAAAUUGCAUUUAGCAGAUAACCAAGAGUUUUAACCUGAAGUGAAUGUGAACUGCUGGGUCCCCACUGAGGUGCAGGGGGUGUGUGGCUGCCUGUGGAACGUUGCUGUCGCAGAGGGAAGGGGCAGAAAGCACAGGGAUCUGAUCCUUGGGCUCCUUGCUUUGUCUCCAGAGCUGCGGGGUGCACAGGAUUGGAGUGCUGGGUCUGGCUGGGAGAGCUCCCUCUGCCUUUCCUUAACCAAAAUAGCMGAGUUUGACCUGGCCCGGGCUCCUGAGAUGAGGCUUGGUGUUAUUCCUGGCUUGUCCCUGAGCCAGCUGUGGGGAUGAGCGGAGCAGCUUUGGAUGAAGGCCCUGGUGCAGGGAGGGAGCUGCUCUGGCUGUGGGGCCAAUCCACCCUGGGACUGCUUUUCCCUGCCUCGUGCUGCUCCAGCCCCGGUGUGACCCUGGGGACAGGGACAAUGGCCUGGGAGCUGCAGUGACCCCCGGCCUCUCCUCACCCCUGGAGCUUGUGCUGAGCUCGGUGUCACUCGUCCCACCCACCCAGAACCAUCCCUGUGCGUGACCUGUGCUCUCCCUGCUCCCCUCCUUCACUCGUGCUGGCCCCGAAAAGCAGCGAGUCCUGCUUCUUUUUUGGAGAAGGCAAAGAUGGCAACUGUCAGCACAUCCCUCGCUGAGUCCCUGACCCAGAGCUCCACCCCGGCUGCUCCCCUGACUCCUGGCAGGAACAGGCUGCUCCAUCUCGAUCCCUGCUUGGCUUAUGGCAAAGCUGGUGAAGGGCCAGGCACUGUCACCCUUCCUUCUGCUCCCGUAAGUCUCCAAAGACAGUAARUGACACUCGUGGCCCCUGUUCUUGCUUAAAUUCCAAAGCACUAGGAGCACUUUAAGUUUUUCUUUGGAGGGAAAGGAGUGUAGUGCAAAAUUAAAUAAUAAUAAUUUAAAAAACUACAAAAUCCAAGGGCUACAGGCUCAUUGUUCCUAUUGCACUGAAGCACACACCCACACUACGAUCUUCCUGGAUUUGGGAUGGCAGGUCAGGGCAGGAGCCUCGUUGCUGAUGGACCCCUGAGCGACUGGCCAAGCGUUUGGGUUUUACUCCUUUGUCCGGUGGAUUCCGAACUGACCGCUCCUCCCGGGGCGGGUCCCGUGUUUUACUGAAGUAAUUUAUAGCUGAGAAGUUAAAAUGACUUUUUUAAUGCAUAGUUGCCUUUCAUUAAACUUUCUUUUGGGUUUGUUUUGGUUUUAUUUUUAUUUUCGGUAUGGUUUAACAGUGUUCUGGCUUUGCAGGCGGGCAGCAGCUGCUGCCCCGGGAGCUGUGGCCAAUGAAUGUACCUAUUUGUUCUUCACUAAACUGUAACCAAGCACUACUCUGUUGAAAUAAAU